UGCAUAUUGCGUAUUCCCGCCGCCGCAGUGUUAGAAUACUGGGCUGGCCACUCAACUCUACUGUCUGCAGUCUCUGGUCAUCUGUACUGUCUGCAGUCUCUGGUCAUCUGUACUGUCCGCAGUCUCUGGUCAUCUCCUGUACUGUGUCCGCAGUCUCUGGUCAUCUCCUGUACUGUGUCUGCAGUCUCUGGUCAUUUCCUGUACUGUGUCCGCAGUCUCUGGUCAUCUCCUGUACUGUGUCCGCAGUCUCUGGUCAUCUCCUGUACGGUGUCCGCAGUCUCUGGUCAUCUCCUGUACGGUGUCCGCAGUCUCUGGUCAUCUCCUGUACGGUGUCCGCAGUCUCUGGUCAUCUCCUGUACGGUGUCCGCAGUCUCUGGUGAUCUCCUGUACGGUGUCCGCAGUCUCUGGUCAUCUCCUGUACGGUGUCCGCAGUCUCUGGUGAUCUCCUGUACGGUGUCCGCAGUCUCUGGUGAUCUCCUGUACGGUGUCCGCAGUCUCUGGUGAUCUCCUGUACGGUGUCCGCAGUCUCUGGUGAUCUCCUGUACGGUGUCCGCAGUCUCUGGUCAUCUCCUGUACGGUGUCCGCAGUCUCUGGUCAUCUCCUG